GAAGAAGAAGAAGAAGAAGAAGUAGCAUAUGAUGUAGGUGAAGGUGGCGAUGGAGAUGCUGAAUCAGACAGGGUACGAACUCGACGUUACGCUGUUUGGAGGAAGUUUGCAACAAGCUAUCUAAACAAGUUGCGUGUAUUUUUUUCUGCUCCAUCAAGACUUCGUGUUUUACGUGAAGUCCACAACGUAGUCGAGGACGAGGAGGUAAAACUCAAAGGCAUCAUUGAAAUUCGGUGGACGUCAUCCGAAGAAAAUGCCAUCUAUAGCUUCAUGAGAAUCAAGCAUGUGUGGAUCGCAUUACAACAGAUCUCUCUGAGUGUUGAGAGAUCUAAUCAGGAGCGCAUGAAAGCGGCCUCGUUUCUGCGCGUGGUCAAAUCACUGAAGUUCUGCAGAUAUAUGGUUUUCCAACUGCAGAUUUUGGGACAAAUUAGCGUUUUAUCCAAAGAAGCCCAGAGUGAAGCGACAUUACUAUGGAAGGCAGACAGAGACCUUGAUGAGAUGCUCCAGCAUUUAAAUGACAUGGCAGAACGUCCUACCUACUACGUAAAAACGAGGCCAUUCCUGCAAGAAGUGCUAUGCAAGCCCGUAACUGAUAGAGGGCACUUCCGACGGAACGCUUUGGAUUCCCGAGAUUGUGAGAGAUGGUUUUGGAAUGGUUGGCAGUACGAGGGAUAUUUGGUUCAAGAAAUCCAGUACAAAAUAAGGCACGACACGCUUGAGUCGAUGUUCAACAGAGAAGCAGGAGGGUUCGAGAUAGACGAGGAACAAGCCCUUCUAGACAAUAUCGCUGGAGAAUUGAACGCUGAGCGAGACAACCUCAUACACUGGCUGAGGAACCCCCAAAAUUUCCCUGCUUUCAAUGAGGAGGUUACUAGAAGAUCUAUUAGUGAGCUCAAAAUCAGCGAAGACUUUCGACGUGCUUCGUUCACGAACAUGGAUCACGCUAAAAGAACUUUGCUUGUGACCAACGUAGGUGGUGCUCUUAGAAGUCGUUUGGAGUACGAGCGCAAUUCUGUUCUCUAUGCGAUUUCGGGUUUCUCGCCCAAAAGUCUUCGAAACUAUAACGCAGAUGAGAAGAGUACACGUGAUGUAGUUUCCUCCUUUUUUGGUUAUCCAAGUCUGGAGGAGGAUGUCCAACAAUUAUCACGUCAGCUGAGCCGACUACCAGCAGAGCAGAGAAGAGAGUUUGACAAGGCUGAAAAAAAAUGCAAUAUUUCCUUCCCGUCCUCCGCAGUUUCAUACGGUCUGGUCCAACUCGAAUCACUUAUCGCCGAAGUCUCUUAA